UUGAUGCUUGUACUGCUUUUGCACGAGCUUUAAAGGCAAAGCUUUCAUAGUUGCUGAAAUGGCGAUGGAAAGUGCAGGUUUCGGUGACAGGGAAAAAGACAGCAGUAGUAAUAUUACUAAUGAAGCGCCAACGGUAUUUGUUUUUGACCGCCGACUUGAGAAAUCAGAGUGUGAGGAGGAGAAAUGCCUGCGGGUGCGAGGGAACUUUGAGCAGCUCCGUGAGGAUGUCUGUCAGGUAUUUGGCAUUAACUCAGAUGAGCAAUUUGUUCUUACUACAACAAAUAGGAAGACGAUCACAGAUACAAACUUUAAUGCUGUAAUUAAAGAUGGCAUCACUUUAUAUCUCCUUAAGUCUUCUGAUCAAUUACUGCUUUCAUCAACAAAAGAGAAGAUUAAUUUUUUGCCACACUAUGAUACAUUGGUUAAAAGUGGCAUGUAUGAAUAUUAUGCUAGUGAAGGACAGAACCCCUUACCAUUCGCCUUGGCAGAGUUAAUAGACAACUCAUUAUCGGCAACUACAUAUAAUCCUGAUAUUCGCAACAUACAAAUAAGACUGCUAUUUGACGAGAGCCAAGGAAAGCCUGCGAUUGCAGUUAUUGAUAACGGAAAAGGAAUGAGCUCAACACAGCUUAAAAACUGGGCAGUGUAUCGCUUAUCAAAAUUUAUAAGAGACGUGGAAACCUUAAGUGAUGAUGUAGGUUAUGUCCGCCCUCCACCAGUGCCGCGCAGUUUGAAUAGUGAUAUCUCUUACUUUGGAGUUGGUGGCAAGCAGGCAGUUUUCUUCCUCGGUCAGGCUGUUCGAAUCAUUACAAAACCUUUAGACUCAAAGGAUGUACAUGAAUUUGUCCUUUCUAAGGAUGAAUUUGAGAAGAAAGAAAAAAAUAAAGAAGCCAUUUAUACAGGCUUUAUUAGAAACCGGAAGCCAGCUGACUAUACACAUGUCACAGAAGAUGAGCGAUUUCUUCAUAAUCUAAUUCUUGAAGAGGAAGGAAAAGAUAGUUUUACAACGGUUAUUAUAACUGGUGUUCAACCUGUACAUAUACAGUACUUGAAGAAUUUCCUUCAUCUGUGGACCAGGCAGUUGGCACACAUCUAUCACUACUACAUUCAUGGACCAAAAGGAAAUGAAUUUUAUAGAGCCAAAGGCAUCCAAGGUCCUUUCAACAAUAUAGACAUUGCAAUCUACCUGUUUGAGAAAGGAAAGGUACCAAAGAUUUCUAACUUAAGGGAAAUAAAAGAUGACAUGCAAACCCUGUAUAUUAAUACUGCCGCUGACUUCUUUGAAUUUAAAGCCCUUGUUGAAGGUGAAGGGGUAGUGGAAGGAAUUAUACGAUACCACCCUUUCUUGUAUGAACAGGAAACAUAUCCAGAUGACCCAUACUUUUCGACAAGAAUCAGUGUUGAAGAUGAUGACGAAGAUUGUUUAAUUAUAGAAAAAGGUGCUAGAGGGAAGAGACCAAUAUUUGAAUGUUUCUGGAAUGGAAGACUGAUUCCGUACACUACUAUUGAAGAGUUUGAAUGGUGUGCUCCUCCGAAAAAAAGGAACUUAACUCCUUUGGAAUGCUACAACCGGAUUUCUGGGGUUCUUUUCACCAAUGACAAGUUUCAAGUCAGCACAAAUAAGCUAACAUUCCUAGAUCUAAGUUUAAAGCUUCAAGACAAAAACACAAUUUUUACAAGGAUAGUCAAUGGACAGGAACAGAGGAUGAAAAUCGAUAGGGAAUUUGCAUUUUGGGUAAAGGAUUGUCACGAAAAAUAUGACAAGCAGAUUAGGUACAUUGGAUUUAAAGAAGUAAUUACCCGCAGUGAUAUUGCCUCUAAACGCAUGCAAAGUCCUUGGGCUACAUACUCAUCCAUAGAAUGGGAUGGAAAGACUUAUAAAGUUGGACAAUUGGUGAAAACGAGAAAAACUGUGCCUAUAUUUUAUGGCAGCAUCCAGAAGUUUCUCUUGCAUGGCGAUCAUGAUGGUGAUGUGUUUGCCACAGGAGGCGAGGUUCAGAUAGCAUUGGAACCAAAAGAACUCUAUGAUGAAAUAAGAUGUGUUCCUAUAUCAAAACUUGACCGGAAUGUAACUCCUGCCACUAUAAAAAAAUACAUUGAUGAUGAAAUGUCAAGAUUACCUGAGACAUUGUCUGUGACCUGGCCAGAAGGAGAUGAAUUGAAUCAAAAUGCUGAGAAGGAUGCUGGAACCCCAAUAGGGGCAUUACGAAUUGAAAUCCUUAAUAAGAAGGGGGAACCCAUGCAGAAACUUCCAGGUACAAGCCAUGGGUCAUCAAAGAAACUCCUGGUUGAACUGAAGGUGAUUUUGCAUUCUUCAUCUGGGGAUAAAGAUAUAAUUUCCCAUAUUAGCCAACAUGGUGGAAAAUGGCCCUAUUGGUUUAAAAAAAUGGAGAACAUCAACAAACUUGGAAAUUAUACCCUAAAAUUACAGGUUGUUGUAAAUGAAAGUAAUGCUGAAACGUAUGCAGGAAGAACGCUACCAUUUAUAAGUAUUCCUUUCAAAGUUGUGGAAGGCAAACCAGUUAGAUUUUCAGUGGGUGUCCUGGAGCCGCCUUUUCGAGUUGGUGUUCCUUUUAACAUUCCUUUGGACUUUCAAGAUGAAUUUGGUCAUCCUACUUCAACCACAAUUAAGACGAAACCCAUCAUUGAAGCUAGUGGUCUUGAAGUACAUCAUGAAGGUAUAACUACAGUGUCAAGAUCCUUGAUCAAAGGAGUAAUUGUUAAAGGAGUUGUGAACAACUGCCAGGGCAAGAAUUUUACUUUGAAGGUGGUUAUCCCUGACAUAAAAGAAGACACUCAGAUUAUCAAGAUUCGAUUAUUACCAGGGCCACCACAGCAAUUGAAGGUAAAGCCAAGUGAUGAUGUUCUUGUUGUAGAAAAUGGAAGUUCUUUUUCCUUCCAUAUUGAAGUCUUAGAUGAAGCAGGAAAUAUUACAACACAACCAAAACUGAUUGUGAAUUGCAAGAGUUGUAAAGAAGUUCCAGCCGCAGAAAAGACUGUAAAACUUCAACCAAGCAGCCAUGUUGCAAAACUUCAGAUCUUAAAUGUUGAUGGUCAAAAAGCUAUGCAGAUAAAACAUAAUGAUGAAAUUGAAUGGAUUGCGGGUGACACCAUGCAAAAUCUUAUCUUUCAAAUGUAUGAUGAAGCAGACAGAGAAAUUAUCAUCACUUCUGGACUGGCAGAAAAAGUGAAGGUUAACUGGACACCUAAUGUUAACAAGGAGUUAUUAGUGAAAGGAAUUUUACCUGAUGUUGAAGUAUCAAAUUUAGUAAAGGAUGUUCGAUACUGCCAAGUUACUUAUCAUGAUGAACAUGUGUCUUUGGAAAGUGCAUUCACCGUGAAGCCCCUUCCUGAUGAACCAAAACAAUUGAAAUGUAAUCUGAAAGGAUCAAGCGUAAUCCGGAUGGGAGAAGAGCUGAAAGGUGAAAUCAUAUUAACACUGACGGACCAGUUUGGAAAUCAGAUACAAUCCUUGUCAUCUUCAUGUGUGAAUUUUCUGGGUGUUUCAGGAAAUAAUCUUGAUAAAAGCAUUCUUAAAAUGACCUACCAGGAAAAUACACAGUCUAUACUUGUCAGAGGAAUUCAAUUUCAUAUUGGGCCACCAGAAGACAAAGAACUCUGCUUUGCUUGGCGAUCUUUUUCAAAUUACAUUCGUCUGAGUCUUGUUGCCGGUCCCCCAACUAAGUUUGAGAUUCUAGAAUUUCCAGCUUUAGAGCCUAUUCUUGUGAUUAGUGGCAAACAAAUGCAGAAACCUCUAAUUGUUCAACUCUGCGACAAAUGGGGAUAUCCGUCUCCAGAACCAAACGUAAAAGUCAAUUUGGUAAAGGAGAGCACUGUAAAGAUGAAUCCCCAGUAUCAGCAGCAGAAAACUGAUGGGCAAGGUCAAGUCAACCUUGGACAUGUUACCUUCUCUGCUCCAAAGGGAAAUUAUUCUUUGCAGCUCAAAGCUGUUUUUAAUAGGAGGGCAUUAGAUUUCUGUGCAAUACAUUUAAAUGUUGUCCCCGAUCCUGAAAAGCCUAUCCGUAUAUGUGUCAAAUUUGACAAAGGCAUUGACUUGGCUACUGGGGACAUUUUUCCUGAAUUUGUAGUUAGCGUUGUUUCUGAAGAUGACCAUGUAAUUAAGAGCCUCAACCCAGCAGACUGUUCAAUGAAAAUGUGGAAAUGUCAGAGUAGUGUUGGAAAACCACCAGCUAAUGCUACAACAAUGCAUUGCAGUAAAUCUAGGGAUGGAGAUAAGGAAGGCUGCUUUUAUUUUAGAGAUAAAGUGAUACCAGAUCGUGUGGGUAAAUACUGCAUCCAAUUUGUUCAUGUUGCUGAAAAAAACAUGACACUUUAUAGUGAACAGAUAACUAUAGAUGUUCUUCCUAAUAAACCAGUGAAGUUGGUUCCCCUUCCACAACCGUCAACUCCAACAGUGUCCAAUGUAAAAGAUGAGAUUAGUCGCACCCUGGUGAAGAAUCUGUUACUCAAGACUGUGGAUGAAUAUAACAAUCAUGCAGGGGCUAAUCUUAAUGGAAAAAUCAUUACAAAGAUUGUAUGCUUAGCAGAAGAUAAUACAGAAAUACCACAGUUUCAGUCUAAUCCUGCUACAGUUGAAUUCCCGUUUAUCAAUGGAAUGGCUGAAAUUAAUAACCUCGUCCUUGCUGAAAAUAGCCCCGGUAAGGAUAGUACAGAGUAUCAGCUAAUGUUUACCCUUGUAACACCAGCUUUAACGCCAGCUGUAAAUGCAGUGGAAUUGGAUCCCUAUUGUCUCCCCUUCAUGUUUUAUAAUGAUUUUGAGAAGCAAAUGCAGAUGGCAACACUUACAAAAGAAAAAGAUCUGCUUUCCCAAUCUGUAAAAGCAUACAGAAGCCUGUUUGAUACUUCAAAUCAGCUUAUACGUGAAAUUAAAUGUCAGGCAGAGGAAGCAAAAGCCAAAGAAGUUCACUUAAAGAAUGAGCUAAAAAAAAACAAUAUUGUAAUACCAAAUAAAAAUCAGCUUGAAUUCAUUGAUUCCCUCAUAAAAGAGAAGAUGUCACAGCAAGAGACAAUAUUAAAUCUGCCCAGGAGAAAGUGCAGUCUUCCUCCUUGGCCCAAGGGUAAUGCUGAUAUCUUAGGAAAGAUUGCUCACUUAGCUCAAAUAGAAGAUGAUGAAGCUGCAAAAGUUGUUUCAUGGCACUUGGCUAGUGAUAUGGACUGUGUGGUAACAUUAACAACAGAUGCUGCUCGUCAGAUCUUUAAUGAGUCUCAGGGUCGUCAGCAAGUUCUACCUCUGGACUCCAUUUAUCGGAAAAAUCUUCCAACUUGGGGAAGGCCAUUACCACACAUACGCAAUGGAACAAGCUGCUUUAAACCACUGGGUAAUCCAGUAUUUGCUAGAGAUCUUCUUGUCUUACCAGAUAAUGCAGAAAAUUGUCAAAUAGUUUUUGGAAUGCUUUUAGGAGAUACUGUCAUCUGUGACAACUUGGAUGCAGCUAAUCACUAUAGGAAACAGCUUGUACAGUUUUCAUACUGCCCCACGUUGUUAACCAGAAAUGGGGAUAGAAUUCGCAGUAAUGGAAAAUUUGGAGGUCUACAGAACAAAGCACCUUCUAUUGACAAACUGAGAGGAAUGGUUUUUGAAGCACCUCUUCCCAAAGAAUAUGAUACCCUCGUUACAGUAAUAGAUCUUUUACAUCAAUAUCACUUAGCAAUCUUCAAAGCCAACAGUGUAAAUGAAGAGCUUAGUUUACAGACUGAGAUCCUUCAGUCUCCAGAAAUGCAGCAGAAGAAAAAAGAACUGGAUGAACAAGAGAAAAUUUUAAAGGACAUAGAGCAAAAGCUAGGGAUGACUCCAAGAAAUAAAAAAAAUGGUCCUGAUAAAAAUCCUAAACUUGAUAUGACAGACUGUCCAAUCCCUACUAAGCGUGGAAGAAGAGAAAACACAAAUAAAUCAUUAUAGUGAAAAAUACCUUGGAUACCUCAAAAACUUGGAAGAGUUUUUAUUUGCUCCCCCGAACAGACAAGAAGUUAAGCUGUACUCCAGAAUAAGCAAAGUAGAGGAAAACAUCAUUUGUCAAGUUUAUUUACAAUAAAAAAUGACUAUAAUAUUUUUGUUUUAAGUAUAAAUCUAUGAAAAUUAUUCUGUAUUUUUUUUAUAUAAAUAAAUGUUGAAUUUUUGUUAGUUGUACAUUCCAGUUUUAUAACUUUUCUUUACAAAACAUUUCUGAAAAUAAAAACAAUGCAAAAUGUUGUGCAUAUCAAGAAUAUAUGACACUUUUUCAUGAUCAAUAAAAUCUGCAAAUAUUUAAAUAUUA